AUCGUCUGCUCGCCCGCCUACAGCGCCCGGGGAGGGUACGACCGUGUCCUCUACAAGCACUUCAAAACACCCCGGCUUGUCCAGGAGGAGGACAUCCUGUGUGUUCCAACAUUUGGCUAUGCUGAGUUUCUAGAAGUAAAUGCAGACAAAUUCCUAAGGUGGCCAGAGCUUUACUUCAAAGUGAGGAAGAUUUUAGGCAUGGUGGAAGGCGAGCAGUCUGAGGGUUACCUUGUGGACACCCAGAACACCUCUCUCUAUAUGGUGGGGUCAACAAACAGUGCUGUCCCAUCUGCCCCAGCCUAUAACAGCCACGAGUUCUGGAGCAGUUUGUCUCCUGCUGGACUUUCUGAUGUUGUGAAGCAGCUCUGUGAUGCUCUUCGGCCUCACCUGAGCAAUCGGGCAAGUGCACUGAGCGGGGCCAGCAGCAUUCUCCUCUCAGGGCCAAGCGGUAGUGGGAAGCUGAUGGCUGUCAGAGCUGUGUGUAGCUGCCUCAACCUCCACCUCUGCAAGGUCGAUUGUGUUAGUUUGUGCAGUGACACCAGUGGAGCCACAGAGGAGAAAGUUCAGAUGGCCUUCACCCAGGCCCAGCAGUAUCAGCCGUGUGUGCUACUGCUGAAAGACAGCGAGGUGCUUGGCAGAGACCGGGACAGGCUAGGAGAGGAUGCCAGGGUCAUUGCCACACUGAGGCAGCUGCUCCUGGACAGAGACCCGGCACUGAGUCACCCUGUCCUGGUGAUUGGCACAACCUGCAAGCCCCAGGAUGUUCCUGCAGAUGUGCAGACUGCUUUCCUUCAUGAGGUGAAAAUCGAAGCCCCUUCAGAAGAGCAGAGGAGGUUGAUGCUGAGCAUGCUGACUGCCAGUCUGCCUCUGGGCAAAGAAGUGAGCCUAUCCAAGCUGGCACGCAGGACUGCAGUGAGUGAAACCAUGGCAGCAUGUGGAGAUGAGCAGGCCAGGG